GGCAGCUCCUUUCAGCGGCCGGGGACCGGUUGCCUUGGCCCCUCUGUGCCGCCGUCUUUUCCGGCAGUUGGGGCGCUUCCUGUUGUCCUUCUCCCGAAACCGCUCCACGGCGCCUACCUCAGAGCCCCUCGCGCGUCCCCUCCCUUCCUCUGGCUGGCUGAGUGCUGCCACUGAGGCUUCUGUUUGCGCGUCGAGACAGCUGACCGGGCGGGUGCCUGCGGCUGUCCGCCGCCAGCCCUGCCUCCCCGGGGCUCUGAAGCCAUGGCAAUGACAGGCUCAACACCUUGCUCGUCCAUGAGUAAUCACACAAAGGAAAGGGUGACGAUGACCAAAGUGACACUGGAAAAUUUUUAUAGCAACCUUAUUGCUCAACAUGAAGAACGAGAAAUGAGACAAAAGAAGUUAGAAAAAGUGAUGGAAGAGGAAGGCCUAAAAGAUGAAGAGAAAAGACUCAGGAGAUCAGCACAUGCUCGGAAGGAGACAGAGUUUCUUCGUUUGAAGAGAACAAGACUUGGUUUGGAAGAUUUUGAGUCCUUAAAAGUCAUAGGCAGAGGAGCAUUUGGUGAGGUGCGGCUGGUUCAGAAGAAAGAUACGGGGCACGUAUAUGCAAUGAAAAUCCUCCGUAAAGCAGAUAUGCUCGAAAAAGAGCAGGUUGGCCACAUUCGUGCGGAGCGUGACAUUCUAGUGGAGGCAGACAGUUUGUGGGUUGUGAAAAUGUUCUAUAGUUUUCAGGAUAAGCUAAACCUCUACCUAAUCAUGGAGUUCCUGCCUGGAGGGGACAUGAUGACCUUGUUGAUGAAAAAAGACACCCUGACAGAAGAGGAAACUCAGUUUUAUAUAGCAGAAACAGUAUUAGCCAUAGACUCUAUUCACCAACUUGGAUUCAUCCACAGAGACAUCAAACCAGACAACCUUCUCUUGGACAGCAAGGGCCAUGUGAAGCUUUCGGACUUUGGCCUUUGCACAGGACUGAAAAAAGCACAUAGGACCGAAUUUUAUAGGAAUCUGAACCAUAGCCUCCCCAGCGAUUUUACUUUCCAGAACAUGAACUCCAAAAGGAAAGCAGAAACCUGGAAAAGAAACAGACGUCAGCUAGCCUUCUCCACAGUAGGCACUCCUGACUACAUUGCUCCUGAGGUGUUCAUGCAGACCGGGUACAACAAGCUCUGUGAUUGGUGGUCACUCGGGGUGAUCAUGUAUGAGAUGCUCAUCGGCUACCCACCUUUCUGUUCUGAGACCCCUCAAGAGACGUAUAAGAAGGUGAUGAACUGGAAAGAAACUCUGACUUUUCCUCCAGAAGUCCCCAUCUCUGAGAAAGCCAAGGAUCUGAUUCUGAGAUUCUGCUGUGAAUGGGAACAUAGAAUUGGAGCCCCUGGAGUAGAGGAAAUCAAAAGUAAUUCUUUUUUUGAAGGUGUUGACUGGGAACAUAUCAGGGAGAGACCUGCUGCAAUAUCUAUUGAAAUCAAAAGCAUUGAUGAUACCUCAAACUUUGAUGAGUUUCCAGAGUCUGAUAUUCUUAAGCCAACAGUGGCCACGAGUACCCACCCUGAGACUGACUACAAGAACAAAGACUGGGUCUUCAUCAACUACACAUACAAGCGCUUUGAGGGCCUGACUGCAAGGGGGGCAAUACCUUCCUACAUGAAAGCAGCAAAAUAGGACCAUAGUCACGGAAUCCUGAGUGGAGCAGAGUUCUUUGUACAACAUUAGAAUUUUCCUCUUACGCUUUUUUGAAAGAGCUUCCAAGAAGUUUGUGGAAGACAUCAAUAUGUCAUAGUAAAGUUUCCUGAAAUGUGAUAGUAAGUGGAUUUUCUUCCAUAAUACAUCUGAAAAGUGAAAGAACAGUGACAACCAUUUCUACUACGUUGGCCAUAAACAGCUGUCUUGCUUCUUUAGAAGCAUCAUGAGCCAAUUUGAUAGGUGUUUUAAAAAGAAUUUUGUAUUUUCCUGAAUUCAUCAGAAUGAAGGGGAAAAACAGCCAUCAUCCAACAUUAUUGAAAUUCUAAUGGACAUUCACUAAAUAUCAGCCAACUCCAGUGAUACGGUGACACACUAUCUGCCAAGCCCACCAAGUAUUUUGUUUUUCUGUACAGUGAAAGUUCUGUAGAACUAAGAAAACAAAGCAAUAAUGAUAGUCUCAGCAGCCAACAUUCUGGCUGAAGGAAAUGACCCACCAUCCCACUGGACAGCGAUGGUAGUUUCUCCCCAUACCUCGGCCUCGGACAAGUGGCUUUUCAUAGCCACCAUUCAUGGUGCACUUUAUGGUACUAGGAUAAAGACCCUCAGACCACUGAUUAUCUCCCUUCUCCCCCAUCUAAGACUCGUGCUGCUCCUCUGAGUGUCAAUGGGGACACCAGCUUGAUCUGUCAUUGCUCUUAGAGGCCCCAAAAGCCAUUGGGUGUUGCCAAGGAGUUCUGGAUCAGGUGGAAACCCUCACAUUCUCUUCAGGAUGUGUCAGAAAAUUCCUAAGAUGGAUGUUGCCAUGAACCAGCAAUACCUGCAAGUGCUGCCAGCAGGAACUCAGUGUAUUCUGGGAGGACAGCAAGGAGAGCGCUUAGCUCUUGGCUGUCUCUGCUCUUGCGAAGUCUGCAGCAGCUCCCUGGAACCUCCUUGGAAGUGGUGAAGAUACCAGCUCAAUGGAGAGCACACAGCCAGCUGACAAGUCCUUGUAAGGUUCACUCCUCAAUCCCUGGUGCAAUCUUUUUGUCUUCUCUCUUGGUAUUCCCCUCUCCCGACUUUUAGUAGCCAUUUUGCCUUGGAAUCAUGAUUACAAAAUUUUCCUUUGCAGAUGCCUUUCUGGGGGAUGCCCCCCACCCUAAAGGGUUGCCUGCAGCUUGGGCCGACUGGGCCUCUGCUGUGGCAUUCUCUCACAAGAGACCCUCUGAAUUUUAGCACAAAGUGCCUUCUCUGUCACAGCUCUGCCACCUUCAGAGGACUUUUGCUGCGUCAGAAAAAUGUGGAGGUUCCAUAUUAAUGCAUUACUCGUUUUUGGUUUUAAGUUUUGAUAAUUAAAGCAUCAUUUGCACCUGUGUGGUAACUGCCUGUUGUAGAGCAUCACGGCCAAGCUCCAGCUGGGAGACUGCUUGCUUCAGUCUCGAGGUUGAGAAGGUCAGCUUUGAAGGGGAAGUUGUCCCAGCUUAGACAUUCAGAAGAGAAGAGGAUCAGAGUUACAGUUGUAAGCGAAACUGCUUGGGUUUUAACAUCUUAGAUGAAGAAAAACAGAAUGUUAGGGAAGUCUAAACUCUGGAUGAAGGUAGUGUGUUUAUCCCUUAAUCUUUCAUUCAUAGCCUGUUAGUGAAAGGAAGUAAAUGAAAUUCUUUUGUGUAACUUUGUAGUCCCUUUGUAUUACCAAAUAGCUGGGGUCCUGACCCACAUGUGUUUUGCAAGAGCGUGUAGGAAGCAGGGUAAGGAGAAGUAGCAGGAGUAGCAUAGCUGUGUGUGCUGGGGAGUGGCAGGGGGUGGUUUGUUUUAGGGGACAAUGCCUCCAUUUUAAUUUUUAAACUUCUGAAUAAACUGUGUGAAAACAGUAGUGGAAAUCUGUGAUGUGUUCUAAAGCAAAAAUGGCUUAUACUUCAGAAAAACAGUACUGUUGUCUUCUUUGAAGCCCUUAGUCUUUGAACAUCAUAACAAUAUGUCGUGGUCCACUAUGCAAAGUGCCAUUCUGCUUCGGGAAGCCGGGGCCAGCUUUGGUUUCUAGAGAGCCAGCCCUCUGAAUUGGUGUCCGCAUGGAGACUUCUAUUGGCCCCUGCUCGUGUUCUUUCUGCCUCAUUCAGGAUAUCAGGUUUUCCCUUGCAGCAAGACCAGAGACAUCUGCCGGCAGAAGUGCUGUCACCUAUGCAGAAGUGGGCCCUUUGCACAGCUGUUCACCACCCAACCCUCUUUUCUUACAAGGUGACAGAAUGGGUCUUCUCACCCCUCCAUUUCCAGCAGAGCAGGGUCUGCCUCUGAGACGUUGUGUACUGUAGGCGUGCUCUUCUGUCUCACUUCUUAGUUCCUUUUCCGGGGAAAAGAACCUCAAAUAGGCAAGAAGAGAGGGUCAGAGACAACCUAGAGUAGAAACUGCAGGCAGAGGGAGGCCACAUACAGGCAGAAUUAGUAUUUUUUCCAAGGCUCUUGGGUCCCAAGAAACAUCUUAGGAAACACUGAUUCAGCGUUGAUCUUGUUCACAGCUAAUUCUCUUACUCUCAUUGGGAAAGUUGGAAAAUAAAACUUUGUUACACUAGUACAGCUUUAUGAAACAAUACUGAUUCAAAAGUUUUCGUACCUGUUUCUUUUUAGAAUUACUUUCAAAAAAUAAGAUUCAGAUGAAUUUGUUCAGGAUUAACAUCCAGGUUCUGAACAGCAGAGUGCUGAUUUCAAAACUCAUCUGUGUGGUCUAAUAGGAGACCUGCCAUUGAUCACUGAUGCCUUUUUUUAGAAUCAUUUCCUUGAAAGGCACAUUUCCUGGAUCACCUUGUCCCCUUCUCUCUGGGGCUUGUGUGUGUAAUCCACAUAGUAUUUUUAAUUUUGAACUCAAAAGGAUUCCGAGAAUGGUACUUUUCAUUUCCUACUUAGCAUUCGUUUCCCUGGAAUGAUCUAUCAAAACCAACACUGACUUAAAAAACAGGCUCCUUAGCCGGCAAGGUGGGGCAUGCCUGUAAUCCCAGUGACCUGGGAAGCUGUAGCAGGAGGAUUGCAUGUUUGAGAACAGCCUCAGCAACCUAACAAAACCCUUGA